UUGUAUUUUGCCUCUGUAGAGAGCAUGUAAGGCCGAUGUAACAUGUCAUACUUUUGUCCUUAAGCGGCGCAAAGUGGAUGGCGGGACAUUUCCUCAACUCUCGUCUGCUCCUCCUGCCCACGGACGACUCGCUGAGGUUCACAAGCUCGAUUCAAACAUCUUGUUCCAUCAUGUCUCUAGAACAGAAAACUAUUUCCUUGUUCGAAAGUGAUCAAGGGCUUGGUGCUCGGUUUGAGUAUAUGAAACUGACGCCUCCCAGCAUGUUUGUACGAUAUAAAGCACGCAUGCCUGGAAGCGUACUGUCGGUGCUCUAUCUUUGCAUUAUAUCCACAUUCAUAGCUUGUUGCAUCCUUAUUUUCCACCGACCGAGCGACGUGCAAUGUGCAAAGCAGCUGAGUUCUUACUCACCGGCUCUAGAGGCUGUGGAAUACGUGAACAUUGAUUUCGACGCUGAUUUCGAUGCUCACGGUAUAUAUCGCGGACCUCCAACACCUGAGAGAGAACAGGCAUGGUUUAAUCUGACGACAAGGCCUGGGAUUGAAGUUCCCAGAGACAGGAUUCAUCUGUUGAACCGGACAGAAGCAGACAACUUACAGCAUGUUCCCGCGGAAGUUGGUACAGGCUAUACUGCCAUAUUAGAAGUUUAUCACCAGCUGCAUUGUCUUAACAUGAUUCGAGGAUACACAUGGUGGCAAGUUGGCAAAUAUCCUGGUACUCCAGAUGGUCUGUCCGAGGAUCGACUGAUGAACAGAAUGCAUGUAGAUCAUUGCAUUGAGAGCUUACGCAUGUCUUUGCAAUGUUUCGGGGACGUCACCCCAUUGUUGAUACGCGAGGUACCACAUUCUUUCAUCGGAGGCAAAGCGGACUUCAAUACACAUCAUCGAUGUAGGAACUUCGAUAGGAUCCAGGAAUGGGUAGAUGUGAACUACGCUGUGCUUUGAAGCUUUCGAUUCACAAUCUUUACCUCUUCGUCCAGCAUUCAUUAUCUCAGGGCCUAGCCCUGAAGCUACGUCGGUUAGUGGUCGCAGGCUCUGUCAGUUGGCAAUAGGAGAAUAUUGUAAAUUCUGUCAAAUAAGCUCUUGAUAGUUCGUAGGGAGAUGCAAGCCUGAGAAUCCAUACUUUGUCCAGACUCGCGUCCCGUGUCAACAUCCCAGCUAGUCAGCAGAUUCAGACAAUCAACCUAUCUCGCA